GGCAGUUGAACUCAAAGGCAGAGUACAUCUGGGCACUAGCCAGUGCCAUGAUACCACAGAUCCCAUUCAUAAAAGACUCCUGGUUGGAUUGGAGAAACUGGAACAUCAUACGAAACUUAUCCAUCUUGAGAUGUUGUGGAUAUUUUGCUCAGGUGCGGUUAAAUCUGGGGAACAGAACGGUAGGCUAUUAUAAGUAAAUCAAUGAAAAACUGGUAGAAAAGGUAACACAGUGUGCUACUUCUUGUGUCACUGCAUAUAUAAAUCACUUGAGAACUAAUUCAAGUUUAGUACGAAUCACUCAGUGACAAGAAGCUACUCAUACAAUGUUUAUAAGUUAAUGCUUCAUUAAUGAGUAAUAAAUUACUAAUGUUAAUAUGUUAUUUAUUUUAUUUUUAUUAUUAUUUUUAUUUUAAGCCCUUAAUGAGACCAAUUAUGGCACUGCCAGAUUGUAAAAAUAUCCUUGUUUGCUGAACUGUUAAUAAAACCAUUAACUAGGUAUGAUAAAUAAUAAAUUAAAUUUAUUAAUAAGCAUAAUAAAUGAUAGGAGCCACAGUUAUGUACGUUAAGAGACCAUCAGGUUUGUAAUAAACACAUUUUGACUGAAGUGCUGUGUGGAACUUUGUCAGAAGAUCACAGGCUCAGCAAACAGAGAUCCUAAAGUAUUUACUUAAUAAUGGAUAGUUAGUUUUCUAUAAAGCAUUUGUAAAUUACUUACUAACCAUUAAAAGGCUAUUGUAAGCAUUUUAAGAAAGAUCCUUAAUAAACCACUACCAGACUCUCAUCAUAGUGACCAUACUCUAAACCUGCUUUUAUACAGACUGACAUGUUAUCAGUUUUAUAUACAGAUAAUAUUACAAAAUAAAUAGUUGUUGAUCGGAAAAUAAAAUCACACUCACCUUUUUAUUGAGUAGUGGAUGAACAGAUGAAAUCAUACAGUGGCUAUGUACAUAGUAAAUAAACUAUAGUUCUUUGUAUACUUCGCAAACAUUGUAGCUGACCAACUGAAAGGUGGUUCUCGAACUCUCUGCUGAUGUUCAAAGCCAACCAAAUCAUCUGUCAUCAUGCUCCUCCCUUCACAGGCACCUGAGUUUAAUGUAACUUGACAAAAGAUUCUCGUUUAGACCACAUUUUCUCAAAAAUAGACCUGUUGCAGGGCUCAGAAAACGCUUAGAGUUUUCCCAGACUUAUCACAAUUCACAUCAAUAUCUUUAUGUGCUUACAUAUAUUAGGUGUGUGGUAGUGUUAACUUGAGGUAUCAUUUGUGUGUUUCCAUGACAAUCCAGACAUGCAAAACUGUUUUCAAACCAUUCAAAUAUCUGUGGCUUUGACUGGAAAAUUAGUUUUUUGUCUGAGAGGUGAAGGGUGAACCUGUUUGCACUUGCUUAAUCUGAAUGAAAUUAAUAAAAUACUAGAGCUUCAUGCUAUAAAAGGCAAAAUAUGAAUAUUAUAAAAUCUCAAAGUGGUUUCCAUGCAUCCCUUUGAACACACCUGGACCCACUGAAUGAAACAAAGCUUGACAAACCAGUUUAGAAACCCACAAGAGGAUAAAAGACAUGGGCUUACUCUCCUACUCAUACAGUAUUCAUAUAGUUUUGACAAAAGUAUGUAUGUGGCCCAUCACCUUAACUUUCUUGUCAUAGUGCACGUUUUUACUCUUAAAACUGUCUGAGUGACGCAUCUUAAUGACUCAACUGACUUUGUGAAUGUGCAGUUAAAAUGACAGGAAGUCUGCUCUCUUUUUUUUCUGUGUAUUGCUCAGUAAAAUGUUGCAGCGGAGCACAUGGGCAGGGUGUGCAGGAAAUAAGUCACAAACGACAACGUACAUCUAAAAUAGGAAGAGAGCACAGAGCCUGUGAUCGGCUGUUCAAGGUUGCUCUUCAGCUUCCUCCUUUAUACCUGCCACAUAUUACCGAAACAUUGCAUUAGUGAUUUUAUCAAUCACCUUUCUGACAGCAGUGAUAAUGCAGGAAACUGUGCUGCGAGUGUUCGUGGUGGCUCUGGGUCUCCUCAUGUGUCCAAAGGACGACCCUGGAGUUGAGGACUGGGAGACCAGCAUCACAGAGGGAAUACAUGAACAGAGGCUGCUGAGAGAGGAAGAGAAACUGGACCAGGAAAUGGCACCUGUCAGUGAGGAAAUGACACAUUCUGGCAGUAAAGGGCCUCAAGAUGACAUGAAAGACCUUCCAGAGGAAGAGAAUUGCUCAGAUCAACAUGUCACCAAAAAAGAGAAAAUGUCAGAUGUGACUGUCACCAACCGAGACUCAGAAGAUAAUCACAAAUUACCAGAGGGACACACAAUAACUAAAUCUGAUCCAAGUCUGCCACAGACAUGUAAUGGUGAACCUGAGACUGUUCCGACGACUUCACAAACCAGUCUUGAGCAAAAGGACAGAGACGCCCAGACUGAAGUCCCAGACAGACCACAGGGGCAAAACAAAAAGCCUGAAGAUGAUGAAAUGUUUGGCUCCACAGAACAAGAAGCCCCUCUUUCAUACGUCUACACCAAGACAUCAGAAAAUGAAACUUCAGAGAACACAUUUGCCGAGUGGGCGAGGGAUUACCUCUGGUAUAUUUGGCAGACAUUUUCCAUUAUUUCCAUUAUACGCUUCUUUAGGAAAUACCAGAGUAGAAAGUCACAAAUGGAACAAGAAGUAACUGCUGCCUUGUCAGGGACAUGCACUGUUGCUAAAGUGCUGCUACCUGAUGUCAAUACUCUGAAGCAGUUUUAUGCCAAAUGUGUCCAAGUCUCAUCUGAGAAAAAGUGGAGGGAGGAUGAGUUUUUGGAAGGUUUUGCAAAUGAUCUACUGGAAGCCAUGAGAACCAUUGCUGAUAAAAAUGGCAGUAUGGUGAUCGAGGACUUUGAGAUGGUGAACCUGUCUGACAUCAUCGUGCCUUUUCACCCACCUGAGCCGUAUAGUUUUCAGUGUCGGCUCUGGAACAACCAGACCACUGACCCGCUGUCAGAUAUGCAUGUCUGUGGUCAGAUAAAAUUGUUGGAAAAUAAGAAAGUCCAAAAUGGCUGCCCCUGUCAGUCCUCUGAUGCUGAUGAAGAUAUGGUUUGCCUGCUACAUUGUGAGAGUGAGAAUGUAAAGACACAAAAAACAGAUGCUUGUGAUGGCCUUCUUUGCUCCAAGAACACUCCCUUCCUGUCAAAGUCACAGGUUGCCAGAUGGUUUCAGGGAACGAUCAAACAAGCCUGGGCACUGAUUUCACACAAGUACGAGUUUGAGCUCAACAUUCGCUACAUUGACGCUCCAGGUGCUCUGGUCAUUCGAUUCAGAUCGGGGAAGAAGAUUAGCUUCAGUAUGAAUCCUGUGGUUAGAUUCAACAAUGAUGCUUAUUUCUUCAUUACACCUUGGUCCUCGAAUGAUUUGGACACUUUCUGGACUCUCUCCCUGACUUCCUAUGAAGACCAUCUCCUACAACAACUUUCUAAACACCUGCCUGAAAACUCCUGCCACAUUCAAACUCUUGAAAUUGCACGUUUCCUGCACAAGAGACAGACAGCAUUGUCAGGAAGUAGUGCUCUGAAGGACCAUCAUUUCAAAACUGCACUAAUGCAUCUCCUUUUGACUAAAGACUCAUCGCAGUGGAAACCAAGCUGUGUAGAUCGUAGGCUACGAGACUUGCUGGCCUUUAUGGAGAGAAGCCUUGAGAGGAAGCUGCUGAACCACAUUCUUAUCGGCAACCCACUAACUGAGGUUAUUGAACUGCCUGCCGAGUUCAUCAAAGCAAAGCCGGUGAAUCUCUUCCAUCCCCUUGUGGUGCAUAACUGUAUAUACAGACACGCUGUGAUGCAUUUCCAGGAGAUGCUUAUAAAUGCACACAUGCUGAUACAUGAUUAUGCUGUGAGGUGUACUCAAAGUGCCAACAGUUUCAUUUAAGGAAAGUCUUUCAGUUUAGAUGGUAGGUUUUAGUCUUCUAUUGAAAAGAAUUCACAUCACAGAAGUAAUUAAACUACAGCUCAUUCAUGAAGCAAUGCCAUGUUGUGCAAUAGAGUACCAGAAAAAAAGAAAUUGAUUUAUUUAAAACUGAUCAUUUCAAUGUGGCAGUUUUACUAAUCAAGGCUCCAGUAGUUUUGAAAGUCUUUAAUUUCUGCCAGGUCAGGGUCCUCUAAACUGAAUGUAUCAGCACCAGAGGAUUUCAUCUGAGAGUCACCCUUCACGUAUUCAUCCAUACUGCUCAAGUCAACCUUCCAGGAGGGACUGGAGAUGAUCGUCUUGGGACCUGAUGAAACAGGAAAUUCCCAAAAUUUUGUUAAAGAGUAAAAACUAGUUUAAUGCCCAAAGAUCCUGCAGGAUUGUGAGACUGCCAGGGGACAAUAACUGUGCAUCAGCAUCUUGAACAGACUUUUAAAACUAUUGUGUUUCUUUUAGACAGGGUUUUAUAGUGACUUCCUCUUUCCAGAAUGUGUAAACAAAAAAGGCUGAAACUUACCCUUAUGCUUUCCUGAUGAGCAAGUUGAGUCACAACAGGCACAUAUGCAGUCCUUACCAUAGAGCGCCACCCACCUAAAACCAUAAACAGGGUUAUCAGGUCAUAAGGAUCUUCACAUACAUUCUGGCCACCAAGCAAAUGACCUACAAAAAAAAAAAAAAUGAAAUAAGAAAAAAAAAAAAAAAAUCUUGUGCAAGCUAGUUUCCACUCACUUUUUGGUGGCUGGAUUAAAAUUGCAAGCCUUUGAAGUCGGAGUUGGAGAAAGUGGCCCCAUAGAGAUCUCACAGUGCAUGUAGAGGUGCUGAAAGACAUUUCAGCAGUAAUAUACAAUUUCUAUUUGACAGCACAUAUAAUUUUGUACAAAUGUACCUGUUGCGAGGUGGUCGAAGCAGUGUUCUUGAAAAUGAAGGCGCCAACGCUGAAUUUCUGGACCUUCUUUGAGUUAGCAGGGAGGAACUUUGAUUGUAGCGUCACCUUGCCAUCAAUCAUGCAGCUGCAGUUAGAGAAAAUGCACAUGUUCACUACCAUCUAACAAGCCAGGGCCAUUUUGAUUCUGAAAUUGUUAAAAUAUUACCCGUAGUUGUCAAUGACGGUAUAUUUAACAUGUGAGUUAGGGUCUUGGGAGGUGGUCACAAAGCACUUGUUGAUGUACAGCCUCUCCUUUCCAGAGCUUGGAGUGCCGACUGCUCCACUGGCCUGAAAAAACAUCAGCUGUCCCAAGAUGUAGGAUUGAAUUCCAGUGAUGUCCUUCCCCGAUGCUAAGGUAAAGGGAAGUCACAGGACAAGUUUAGUCACUGAGAAAUGUUUUUGGAGCCAUUUGAGCUUCUGGGCUUUAAGCUGUUGAAUUGCUGAAGAAUUCAUGAGAAUAUUUUUACAUGCUACAGCAGAAUAUGCUUGCAUAUCAUGCAUUUUAGAAUCAAUUCUUGAAGACCUGAGCAUAGGCAGCUGCUAUGGUUGAUAUGGAAUGUAUUUUUUUUUUUUUAAAGCUAAAAGAAACAAAAAAACUUGUGUCCAUCUUUGAACACAUUUGAAAUGUCCAAUGCAUGUCAGUAACUGUAAAUGAGGCUGAACAAGUGCCUUUGUCCCAUGAACUUUGUCAUGUUUGUUUUUCCCUUCAUAUCCAGGAUCCUUAAGAGGCAUUCCAUCUCUGAUUUAUAUGAGAUUAAUAGCAUAAAAUACAGAUAUUUAUGAAGAUAAUUAUAGGUUGAUUUAUCAAAUGCUUUCUAAAGACAUUUUUUUUAAAUCCAAUUUUUUUCAUUUUUAUAACCAAGUUUUUUAAAAUCUUUUGUUUCAUAUAUUGUGACAUGCAACUAUAUAUAGUCCUGAAAAUAUCACUUGUUGACGUCAGACUUAAUUAGUUUUUUAAAAAUUAUUAUUAUUGAUUUGUGCUCAAAGACGGGACAAUUCACGACAGCUCUAAUUCUAUCUUCAUAUUUUAACUCACCCAUAAUCAGAAAUAUAUUCAUCUACUUCCACAAUAUUGUAGAUUCUGAAUCAAUGACAUAACAAUGAAUAUUUUAGCCUUUCAUAUUUAAAAGUUGUCAUUCAAAUGUACCCUCAAAUUUCAAUUUGUGGAAAAAAAAAAUCACAACAGUGAAUAAAAAAAAAAAAACACUCUGGGAAAAUAUUGGAAAGGACUAUCAAUUUAAAUUUCAUAUACAAUCUUAAAUACCCAUAGUUUGUUAAAAUUUCCAGCAGAUCAGAGAUGAUUGAGCAGAAGGCCCCUGAUGAUUUCAGAUGGAAUAACCCUGAGUGGUUCUUUUUGUUUUGUUUUUUUAAGAAACUCACGUGCAUUUUACCAAUUUAACAUCACCUCAUUAGCAUGUAAUGUUCUUUGGCCACAUCUAUUUGACUGUUUUCUUUCAUUUAAAAUAUUAUUAAAAUGUAUGUGUCACGUUUUAUAUUAAAAUUGAAAUUGUUUCAUUCUGCCGGUGAA